AUGGGACGUCCGAGGCUGAUCAUCGUUAUCAGGCACGCCCAGUCUGAGGGCAACAAAAAUAGGGAUAUCCACCAGACCGUUCCCGAUCACCGUGUCAAACUGACCUCUGAUGGCUGGGAUCAGGCCCGCGAAGCCGGCCGCCGACUGCGUUCAAUACUUCGAGACGAUGAUACUGUGCAAUUCUUCACAUCGCCGUACCGGCGGACCCGGGAAACGACCGAGGGUAUCUUGGAGACCCUCACCUCCGACGAUCCAGACCCAACGCCCUUCAAGCGAUCCAAUAUCACAGUCUACGAGGAGCCGCGUCUGCGCGAGCAGGACUUUGGCAACUUCCAGCCCUGCAGCGCCGAGAUGGAGCGCAUGUGGCAGGAGCGUGCCGACUACGGCCAUUUCUUCUACCGCAUCCCAGAUGGCGAGUCUGCUGCUGAUGCCUACGACCGCGUCUCGGGCUUCAACGAGUCGCUGUGGCGCCAAUUUGGCGAAGACGACUUCCCCAGCGUCUGCGUGCUCGUCACGCACGGCCUCAUGUCUCGGGUCUUUCUGAUGAAAUGGUACCACUUCAGCGUCGAGUACUUCGAGGACCUGCGCAAUAUCAACCACUGCGAGUUCCUCAUCAUGAAGAAGCAGGAAGACGGCGGCAAGUAUAUCCUUCAAAACAAACUACGGACCUGGUCUGCCCUGCGGAAGGAGAGGGCUGCGCUCAAGGCCAAGGAGGAUGCCGAGAAGGCAAAAGAGGACGAGGCCAUCUCUACCGCGCCGGGGACCGCUGGAAAGGACAGCCUGAAGCUUGAACGUCAGAGUGCCUCGCCCAUUGUCCCACGCCGCUGGGGUGGUUGUCCAGAGGGCUGUAAUCAUGCACAGCACUUCAAGAUCCGGCGAGACCUUGCCGAGCUUCGGUCAGUAGACGAGAAGAAUGCUGCGAAGCAUUGCAUCACCGCUACUAGCACGGCCAAUGCGGCCAACACCAUCGCCUUGCGUCGGAACGGUCUUCCUCGCCACGCAAAUUCGUCCGAUGACGAUUCAGACGACCCCCGCGGCGUACCAAACAGCGGGCCGAAAAUUGACAUUAGUAAAGCCCGAGAGGAGGUCGUGUCCUCCCCGGACGGUACGCCCUCGUAUAUCACCGUGGAGGAUCGCCUGCGCAACCACUCCAAAAGCCCCAAGUUCUUGCACGUGGGCCGCGAUUUUGGCGGGACUCACAGUGGCGCGAACAGUGAUGCCGAGAUGUCGGAGGAUGACGCACGGCGGCGCCUGGCCAACAUCGCGGUUAGAGUCAAGCCCACCAAUGGUGCCAAUGGGGUGAACGGGGCCGCCAAGGGAGAAGCUACUGGCACGGGCAAAUACCUGACCGACAGUGGCAUGGGCCGCAGGGCGCAUGCUAAUAGGCUUGGUGAUGCGCCGCUCACCAGCUCGGACCAGGGUUCCGAGGACGGCGGCGACGAGCGAGAGGAGGGCGACCACGAGCCCGAAGAUGACGACCUGGACAAGGCGGAGAAGCAGGAUAAGAGCAUCAUUGGUAGCGUCUACUGA